UGUUUAGAUGGAUAUUAUGGAAAUGAUUGCAGUGAAUACGAAUGUUUUGGUACAUUAUUUACUUCUUCAUCAGUUUGCUCUGGUCAAGGAAGAUGUAUCUCACCAAAUAAUUGCUCAUGCUCUAAUGAACACUAUGGUAAUGAUUGUAGUCAAUUUGAUUGUUUUGGAAUUGCCUCAACAAAUGGUUCAGUAUGUUCUGGACACGGUACCUGUCUCUUACCAAAUAACUGCUCAUGCUUAGCUGGAUAUAGUGGAUCAGAUUGCAGUUCUUUCCAAUGUUUUGAUAUUUCACCAAGUAAUUCAUCAGUUUGCUCUGGAAAUGGUAAUUGCAUUGCUCCAAAUAAUUGUUCAUGCACCUAUGGAUACUAUGGUAGUAAUUGUAGUGAAUACGAAUGUUUUGGUACAUUAUUUACUUCUUCAUCAGUUUGCUCUGGUCAAGGAAGAUGUAUCUCACCAAAUAAUUGCUCAUGCUCUAAUGAACACUAUGGUAAUGAUUGUAGUCAAUUUGAUUGUUAUGGAAUUGCCUCAACAAAUGGUUCAGUAUGUUCUGGACACGGUACCUGUCUCUCACCAAAUAACUGCUCAUGCUUAGCUGGAUAUAGUGGAUCAGAUUGCAGUUCUUUCCAAUGUUUUGAUAUUUCACCAAGUAAUUCAUCAGUUUGCUCUGGAAAUGGCUAUUGUAUUGCACCAAAUAAUUGUUCAUGCACCUCUGGAUACUAUGGAAAUGAAUGUGCUGAGUUUGAUUGUUUUGGAACUGCCUCAACAAGUGGUUCAGUUUGUUUUGGACAUGGUGAUUGCAUCUCACCAAAUAAUUGCUCAUGCUCUAACGAACAUUACGGAAAUGACUGUGCUGAGUUUGAUUGUUUUGGAGCUGCCUCAACAAGUGGUUCAGUUUGUUCUAGUUAUGGUCGUUGUGUCUCACCAAAUAACUGUUCAUGCUUAGCUGGAUAUUAUGGAAAUGAUUGUAGUGAAUUUGAUUGUUACGAAACUGCCUCCACAAAUGCAUCAGCAUGUUCUGGACAUGGUGGUUGCAUCUCACCAAAUAAUUGUUCUUGUUUAGAUGGAUACUACGGAAAUGAUUGUAGUCAAUUUGAUUGUUAUGGAACUGCCUCAACAAGUGGUUCAGCAUGUUAUGGACAUGGUGGUUGCAUCUCACCAAAUAAUUGCUCCUGUUUAGAUGGAUACUACGGGAAUGAUUGUAGUCAAUUUGAUUGUUAUGGAACUGCCUCAACAAAUGCGUCAGCAUGUUAUGGACAUGGUGGUUGCAUCUCCCCAAAUAAUUGCUCCUGUUCAGCUGGAUAUAAUGGAUAUGAUUGUAGCCAGUUUAAUUGUUUUGGAAUUGUCUCAACAAAUGCAUCAGCUUGUUCUGGAAAAGGUAGAUGUGAUUUUUUCGAUCAUUGUUCUUGUCAAUCUGGAUAUUACGGAAGUCAUUGUGCUCAAUUCACUUGUGGUGGCAUUUCUUCCAAUGCUUCAUCUGUUUGUUCUGGACAUGGUCAAUGUACAGAUUUGAAUAUUUGUGUCUGUGAUAACAUAGCUGGCAAAGGUUAUUGGACUGGUGCAGAUUGUUCAGCAUGUGUUUCUCCUUAUUUAGGAGCUAUGUGUAAUAGUUUGGUUAAAUGUAAUGCCUCAACUACUUGUAGUGGAAAUGGUUAUUGUAAUGAGCUUGAACAAUGUACUUGUUAUGCAGAUAACAAGAAAGGUUUCUGGAAGG